AUGCCCCAUGCCGCUGAUGAAGACGUCUACGACUACGGCCUGUUCCUCCUCGACAAGAUCUUGAACGAGACGGGGCACUCACUACUUGCAUUCGACGACAUGCCGCGGUCUGAGCGUGACUGGGAGAGGCAAGUGGAGAACCCCCAUAUCAUCGAACAGCUGGAUUAUGACCGGCAGCUCGAAUUGACGGAGGCCAACAACUGCAUUCGCCAGCUGAACGCCAACCAGCGCGAUGCUUUCUCAUCCAUCAUGGAAGCUGUGUCGACUGAGCGUGGCGGCAUCUUCUUCCUGAACGGUCCCGGUGGCACCGGCAAGACAUACGUUUACAACACUGUGUGUCAUAAGGCUCGAGCAGAGGGAUGGAUUGUUCUCUGUGUCGCAUCUUCUGGGAUUGCCUCCCUGCUGUUGAAGGGCGGACGUACUGCCCACUCACGGUUCAAGAUCCCUGUCGAGAAUCUGAACGCGCAAUCAACCUGCGCAAUCCGCAAGGAGAGCCGCUAUGCAGACCUCUUCCGUGUGGCAAGGCUCAUCAUC